AGGAGGGGCCAGUGGAGCCACUUCCUAAAAACAGAUUUCCUCCUGGACUUCAUGUUGUUUCUAAAGUCCACACUUCUUGGACCGAACCUGUUCCAGCUCCAGAACCGAACCCAGUCCGCUGAUCCCGGAUGGAGUCGGAGCGUCUGCUUUCCGCCGGGUCCGUGAACGGCUCCUCCGGGGACUACGGCUCCUGGUCGGACGCGGACCGCGGAGGAUCCGCGGGCGGCCGGCGGAUGUCGUACUCUGUGGCCGGGGAGUCGUGUAGUGUCGACGGGGAGGCAGUUGAUGAGGACGUCUACAUCCAACAGGCCGUCGUAUUCAUAGAAGACGCCAUCCAGUAUCGCUCCAUUAACCAUCGGGUGGACUCCCGGUCGCUCCGUCUGUAUCGAUGGUACUACUCCAGGAUAUGUCAGUGGGGUCUGGGUCUGACCAUCGCUGUGGUUCUACUGCUGGCCUUCGUAGAGCGUCCGUCCUCUCUGUCCAUGUCCUCGGACCCCCGGCGCCACUCUCCGUCCUGGGAACCCCCCUGUGGGUUAACGGAGAGCAUCGAGGCCGUCUGCCUCCUGGUGUUCACCCUGGACCUGGCUGUCAAGAGCUAUCUGAUUGGCUGGGAGGAGUUCAGGAAGACUAAAUGGCUGAUUGGCUACACCGCGGUCAUCUCAGUGUCCGUCAUCGACUGGAUGUUGUCUGCCAGUAUGGUCUGUGAUGAGAAACUCAGAGUUCGCCGUCUUAUUCGGCCGUUCUUCCUGCUCCAAAACUCUUCACUGAUGAAGAAGACGCUGAAAUGCAUUAAGAGAACUUUACCAGAGAUCGCCAGUGUCAUCCUGCUGUUGGCGCUCCACCUCUGUCUCUUCACUAUGAUCGGUAUGCUGCUGUUCGUCAAAACUGAGGAUCCAAAGAAAAAUGGGGAGUGGGAUACAUAUUUCAGAGACCUGCCCACUUCUCUGACGUCUCUGCUGGUGUUACUGACCACCGCCAACAACCCCGACGUGAUGAUCCCUGCCUACUCCCUAAACAGAGCCUACUCCCUCUUCUUCAUCACCUUCAGUGUCAUUGGAACCUACUGUCUGAUGAAUCUACUGACCGCCAUCAUCUACAACCAGUUCAGGGGGUAUUUACUGAUGUCGGUCCAAACUUCUAUCAUCAGGAGACGUUUAGGGAUCCGAGCUGCGUUCCAAGUCCUCAGCUGUCGAGGAUCACGACAGGCCGCGGAGGAAAGUGUUUGUGUUGCUGCAGUGUUGAAGGUGAUGUCCAAAGUGACGAUGAAGAGUUACUACAGAGAGGCCGUCUGUAAGGAAGCUCGACAGCAUCAGACUUUGGAUCGAGAACAGUUCAGGAAGAUAUUUGACGAACUGGAUAAAGAUCGUAUUAAAGAGCAUCCUCCACUGCCUCAGUACAGCUCUGCGGUGCUGCAGAGGCUCCAGCUGCUCUUCAGUCACUACUACCUGACGCUUCUGGGAAACGCAGUCGCACUGGCCAACGUCAUCUGCAUAUGUACUGUCCUGGUGCUGAAUUCUGAGAAGUCGACUGCAGAGAGAGACAGCUACAUCAUGGAGAUCAUCAACCUGGGCUUCAUCCUCUACUACCUGUUCGAAAUGUGUGUGAAGAUCUUUGCCUUUGGUUGGAGAGGAUACGUGUCCUACAGGAACAACGUGUUCGACGGCUUCCUGACCGUCCUCCUGCUGGUUCUUCAGAUCUCCAUAUUUGCCACCUACAGAUUUCCAUCCUCUCAUGGGGACCCGUCCUCUUAUAAUGUCACGUCGUUGUGGGAGAUGGUUCGAUUCAUCAACAUGCUCAUCGUCUUCCGUUUCCUUCGAAUCAUCCCAGAUAUUAAGCUCAUGGCGUUGGUUGCCAGUACCCUCGUGGACCUGGUGAAAAACCUACGAGCUUUUGCAGGAAUACUGGUGGUGGUGUACUAUGUGUUUGCUGUGUUGGGGAUCUGGCUGUUUGAAGGAGCCAUUAAACCCCCUCCAGACAUGAGUAUUCUGUCUAAUUCCACCAUGGAGAACAUCACCAGUAACUACAGUAUGGAGUGUGGAACCUACGAACAGCUGGAUUACUGGCCCAACAACUUCAAUGACUUCGCUGCCUCCAUCAUUCUGCUGUAUGACAUCAUGGUGGUCAACAACUGGCAGGUCUUCUUGGAGGCAUUCAGCAAAUACACAACACCGUGGUCCAAGGUCUACUUUGUGUGCUGGUGGCUCACCUCCUCAGUCAUGUGGGUCAACCUGUUUGUGGCGCUCAUCCUGGAGAACUUCAUCUAUAAGUGGGAUCGCAGUCACAGCUGUUCUGUCACAGACGUGGAGCGGAUCCGAUACGAAACCUCUGUUCAACUCAUGUUUAAAGAGCAGAUCCAGGAGCCCACGGAGGAGGAGCUACUGUGUCAACUCCACCAACACCCCCACCUCCACCUGCACUGGUGACCCCACCCCCACCCCCCCACCCCACCUGUGAACCAUGUGUUUUCCUCAUGUUGCGUUCCUUCCUGUCCUCAGUAGGUGACCCUGUCUGGUCUUCAGUAGGUGUGCGGCCCCUGCUCCAUUAGACCACUACCAUCCCCACCCCACCCCCACCUGUGACACCCCCACCCCCACCUCCUCUUCCUCAGUAGGUGUGCGCCCCUGCUCCAUUAAACCACUACCGUCCCCACCCCACCUCCAUCUCCACUGGUGACACCCCCACACCCACAUCUGCUCCAUUAAACCCCCCCACCCCCACCUCCUCUGCUCCAUCCAACCACUACCGUCCCCACUUCAGCUCCUGUAAACUGUGGGUUUUUCAUCUGAGUGUGUUUGUUUUUUUUUCUGUGACUCGGGGGUUCGUCUGUUGGAUCUGCUGCUGCUGCUGUUAUAGAAGUCCAACCACUGGAGUUAGUUUACACCGAUUCAGCUGUUUUCACCAAAACUGCAAAUCUGAAAACUGUGGGAAAACUCCAACACGUCACCUGUUAUGACAAAGCAUUCUGGGUAAUGUGGCCCUCUGUUCUCCACUGCAGACGACUAAAGACACCACAGAAGAUGAGUGUCCAACAUGCGGUCCGUGGACCGAAACCGGCCGACAAAGGGUCCAGUCCGACCCAAGGGAUGCAUUUAUAAAAUAUAAAAUAGAAGACAUGAACAAUAAAGGAAGUUAAACUCAGGUUAGUUCAGGUUCCACAUACACACCAAUAUGAUCUAAAGGUUGUUUGUUUGUUUUGUUUAUUUUGAAUUAGCAUUAAAACCAAACAACAAAAGGAUUAUAUAAAAGAAAGAGCAUCAC